AUGAGAUCUAAAUCUCAUAUUCUAGAGCACCGAGAUUAUGAGCUAGAAGACAGUAUCUCUGAUGGCGAUAUAAGCGCAAUUACAGAUGCUCUCCUUUGCAAGAUGAUUGAGAAGAAUCCUCUCCCUCCAAAAUCAUAUAUCGGAGAGGACGCAGCUGAAACCCCAACAGUUAAGAAACUGAUCGAGGUCCAUAUUGGAGAUGAGAAGCACAAAACAACGUUCGUAGGGGCAGAUCUUCCUGCACAUGAACGUGAUGGUUUGAUUACAUUGCUAAGGGCAAACGCCGACGUUUUCGCAUGGAGUUUUGCUGAGAUGCCUGGGAUAGAUCCGAAUGUAGCCUUCCACAGGCUAAAUAUCGAUGAGAAGUUCCAUCCAGUUCGUCAUAAAAUCAGGAAUAUGUCACAAAGCAAAAGAAAUGGAGUUACUGCAGAAGUCGAAAAGCUGCUGGAAGCAGGCUUUAUUCGAUCAGUGCAGUACCCUCGUUGGCUGUCAAAUUUCGUAACCGUUCCAAAGAAGAAUGGUAAAAUUCGUGUCUGUAUCGAUUUUACUGAUUUGAAUAAAGCAUGUCCGAGUGAUCCGUACCCGCAACCACGGAUAAGAGAUUUGGUGGACGCAACCUCAGGGUAUGAGAGACUGUCAUUCAUGGACGGGGCAACCUACCAACAUUUGGUAGACCAUAUGUUCAAGGAUCUGAUUGGGAAGUCGAUGGAAGUGUAUAUCGAUGAUAUGGUAGUGAAAUCUGAACAAAAGGAGUCGCAUUUUCUUGAUUUUCAGAAGACGUUCGAUAUCUUGAGGAAAUAUCGUAUGAAGCUCAAUCCAGCAAAGUGUUCAUUCGGGCUGUCGUCGGGAAAGUUCCUUGGAUACUUGAUGACGCCUAGAGGAAUCGAGGCGAAUCCGGAGCUAAUCAGAUCCAUCAGAGAGAUUUCAUCCCCAAGAACGAAGAAGGAGGUCCAGAAGCUAGCGGGACAAUUAGCAUCUUUAAAUCGUUUCAUUUCACGCUCUUCGGAUCGAUUUAAACCAUUCUUUGAUGUGUUGAAAAAAGCAGUGAAUUUUGGUUGGACGGAUGAGUGCGAAAAAGCUUUCGAUGAGAUCAAACAGUAUUUUUCAACUCCUCCAGUUUUGGUGAGUCCAAAAACUGGACAACCUAUCGGAGUUUAUUUGGCUGCAACGGAGAACGCGGUAAGUGCAGUGUUGUUUGUUACGGAUCCACAUGAAAAGAAUGUACUUCGUCUGGAAAUCUCUGACGGGGACGGAAACACGCCGCUGAAGAGAAUCCUGGAACGUGCUGAUGAUUCCAUCCGACUAGCCAUAUGGUCAAAUUUUCUGGGGGCGUAUGAGAUCAAAUACGAAACCAGAACUGCAGAGAAGGGACACGCCCUGGCUGCACUGCUAGCAGAUUUUCCUGUGGACGAUAUAGAAACGAUUGCCGGAGAAGAAGAGGAGUUGUUCAAACCCAUAGAGUCAGCCACUAAUCAGAUGGGAGCGAGAGUUAGAUGUGUCAUCCUUACUCCCGAAGGUUCGAGGAUCGAGAAAGCGACCUGGCUGGGUUUUCAAGCAUCAAACAAUGAAGUUGAAUAUGAAACUGCAAUUAUCGGUUUAAAGGUUGUCAAACAGUUAGAUGCGAAGAACGUGAAGCUGGUAACUGAUUCCAUGCUAGUAGUUAACCAGUUUUUGGGGACCUACAUAACCAAGGAAGAGAGGAUGGCCCUAUAUUUGGAUCAUAUAAGAGAGCUGGCAAAUGAAUUCGACCAAUUCUCUAUUGGGCAGCGACCACGGUUGGAAAACAGGCACGUAAAUGCUUUAGAAUAUCUUUCUUCCGCAGUCGAAACUGAUACCUCCCGCUUCGUUGUAGUGGAUUUCCAAGAGUUACCUAGCAUCUCCGACAACCACUUUUUCCUGGAUCUCAAACAUGCUAGUGGGGGCGAGAGGGCAACUACAUCAGCACAGGGAGAUACUGAGAACGUUGACAGCAAUAUGGAUGUUGAAAUUCCAGUGAUAGAUGAUUCAAGCAGUCCUACUGAAAACACUUCAGACUGGCGUCAACCUUAUGUUCGGUAUUUGACAACUAGUGAACUCCCAGAAGAUGAGCAUCUCCCUUCAAAAGUGAAGAAGAAUGCUUUGAGAUAUGCAAUGAUCGAGGGACAGCUGUACCGCAAACUUGUAGCUUUGGAGCCAUUUUUGCGGUGCAUAUCAGCCGAAGAAGGGCAACAGAUAUUUCCGGAGGCUCAUGAAGGAAUAUGUGCGCAGUCUCGCGCACAUGAUACUCACCCAGGGAUACUUUUGGACAUACAUAAAGAAAGAUGCUAA